UAAAUCAAAUCCUAAAUUUGGAUUACGUUAAUUAAUCCGGAUUAUUUAGUUGUUAUCUUCUAUUCUGCGUCGUUCUUCAUUGGUCACUGAAUCACUGCAAUUCUUGGUUUCCGUUUCUCACUCAACUCUCUCUCUCUCUCUCUCUCUCUCUCUCUCUCUACCACCUUCAAAUUCCCGCUCAAAGAUAUGUCAAUCAUUGGGCGCAGAGGAAUCCAUUUCUUGCAUAAAUUGAAUGCUGAAAACGUUCCCGUUGCUCUGAUAGAGAAGGGCCAGAGUCGAGUCAUAGAUGCUUCUCUCACACUCAUUCGUGAGAGGGCAAAGCUCAAGGGAGAACUUGUACGUGCUUUAGGAGGAGCUGUGGCAUCCACAUCUCUUCUUGGAGUUCCUCUUGGACAUAACUCAUCGUUUCUUCAAGGGCCAGCUUUUGCUCCUCCGAGGAUUAGAGAGGCUAUCUGGUGUGGGAGCACCAACUCAACUACUGAAGAAGGGAAAGAACUAAAUGACCCGAGGGUGCUAACUGAUGUUGGUGAUGUUCCUGUCCAAGAAAUUCGAGAUUGUGGAGUAGAUGAUGACAGACUGAUGAAUGUCAUAAGUGAGUCUGUCAAGCUAGUAAUGGAACAGGAUCCACUGCGCCCAUUAGUGUUAGGUGGUGACCACUCAAUUUCUUAUCCUGUCGUAAGAGCUGUCACUGAGAAGCUUGGGGGACCUGUGGAUAUUCUUCAUCUUGACGCCCAUCCUGAUAUCUAUCAUGCCUUUGAAGAUAAUAAAUAUUCACAUGCAUCUUCUUUUGCUCGUAUUAUGGAAGGGGGUUAUGCUCGGCGCCUAUUGCAGGUUGGCAUUAGAUCAAUUAACAAUGAAGGGCGUGUACAAGGAAAACGUUUUGGUGUUGAGCAAUAUGAAAUGCGAACCUUUUCACGAGAUCGUCACUUUUUGGAAAAUCUGAAAUUAGGGGAAGGUGUGAAGGGAGUGUAUAUCUCGAUAGAUGUAGAUUGCCUGGAUCCUGCGUUUGCUCCUGGAGUGUCACACAUUGAGCCAGGUGGUCUCUCCUUCCGCGAUGUACUCAACAUACUCCAUAACCUCCAAGGUGAUGUUGUUGCUGCAGAUGUCGUUGAGUUCAACCCACAGCGUGAUACUGUUGAUGGGAUGACUGCAAUGGUUGCUGCUAAGCUGGUGAGAGAGCUGACUGCGAAAAUUUCAAAAUGAUGCAAUGAUCCGCGUUCCUUUCAGAACGCAUGGCCUGGAGACCAAAAGCUUUCAGUAUAACACGGAUUUCUUUUCGGGACAGCUGAACUGCCAGUAUUAAACAUUUAGCUGUAGCAUGCGAUAUCGUAAUUCAUUUUCAGCAAUAAUAUUCCAGAGGGGACAUGGUAUCCUUAAUGGUUUGAUGCAAGUUUGAGACCAGACAGAUUUUCGAAGCUCAAUGUCGCCUCCCUAUGUUUAAGUAAGAAUAAUAUCCAAUUUACCCAGUUUGACUAUGUAAUCAACAAGCAGUUUAGAAGUUGAUCAUAAAUUUUCAUGUA